AUAAUUAUAAUAUUUAGUGUUUUUUUAACAAGAAUACAGAUUUUUAUAUACCACCAACAAAAGUAUAAUUAAGAGGAUGACAAUCGAAAUACCAAGUUUUGAGUCAGUGAAUAACAAAGAUGAUGCUUUUGUUAGUCCUUUACCAGAGUUAUGUGUUAUGAUCAAAGGUUCUACGAUGCUUAAAGCUGGAAGAAUGGGACGACCACAUUUUCGAAAGUUUCAUAUGUCUGCAGACUUAAAAUUGUUGCAAUGGGAGUCACCAAACAAAGGUGCUGCUGAGUCUUCAGUUGCAAUAGGAGAUAUUGAAGAAGUAAUAGCUGGACAAAAAACAAAAAUAUUUGAAGGAAAUCCUAUUCCAGAAUAUGAGGCAAUCUCAUUCUCAGUCAUUUACAAGCAAGGUAACACAAAACGUUCUUUGGAUAUUGUUUGUAAAGACAGAGUAGAAUAUGAUAUUUGGACCGUGGGACUGCAGGCCCUAAUUAAUGGUUUUGAUAACUUAGAUGGCCUGAGACUUAUGAGUGAAGCUGACCUUUCCAAAGCUGAUGGAAAGUUAAUGCUCGAAUUAGGCUUAUUUGGAGAUAGAGUUUCUGUCAAAGAAGAUGCAUGUGAUAUAUACACAUGGGGUGCAAGCCCUAAAGGUGUUUUAGGUCAUGGUGAAGAAACAGAAGAACUUUUCCCUCGUGUUGUUGAAGCUUUAUUAGGUAGAGAUAUACGUACUGUAGCUUGUGGAACUGAGCAUACUUUAGCUGUUAGUGUUAAUGGAGAAAUGUUUUCAUGGGGAUGUGGAAGAGGGGGAAAACUUGGACUUAAAAAUAUUUUAGACAGAUAUAUGCCCCUCAAAAUUGGUGCUUUUGAAAAUGUAAAUAUUACUUUUGUUUCAUGCAAUGAGUUACAUUCAGCUUCUGUAACAGAAUCUGGUGAGCUUUAUACAUUUGGAAGAUCUGGGCCUCAUCUUGGAUAUACAACAGAAGAUCGUAAACAAGCAGUUCCAAGAAAAGUUGACUUUAGCACUGCAAACAAAAUCAAAGCAGUUUCUUGUGGAUUAGAGUUUACUAUCGCAUUAAAUUCUGAAGGAGAACUUUAUUCUUUUGGAAAAAAUGAUUGUGGACAACUUGGCGCCGGACAUUUUAAUGAUAUUGAAGAGCCAUAUCUCAUUAAACAUUUGAAUGGCGUACGUAUCAGCAAAGUAUCAUGUGGUUCCAAACACGUGGGCGCUGUUACUGUAAACGGAGAUGUAUGGUUGUGGGGAUCAAAUGAGUUUGGACAGUUAGGUACAGAUAAACUUGAAGCACAUGAUAUUCCCUUUGAAGCACCAUCUACGUUUUGGAAUGAAGAGAUUCAAGAUAUAAAAUGCGGUGGGAGUCACACUGUAGUUUUGUCAUGCACGGGUGUUGUUUACGUUUUCGGAAACGGCCAAUCUGGUCAGCUUGGUGUAGCAGUCAAUCAAACAUCACCCUAUAUAACCAACCCUUGCAUUUUAUCUAUGCCAAAUAACACUAAGAUUGCAAAAGUUGACUGUGGCAUAGAGCAUACUGCGGCAGUCACAGAAUCAGGUUGUUUAUAUACAUGGGGAAAUGGAUCCAGAGGUCGUUUAGGUCACGGCGAUCAUCAGGACAGGUAUGUACCAACUCUAGUAGAAUCGUUAGCAUACAAACAAGUACAAAGUAUUGCUUGUGGUGCUUAUCAUACAGCAGCAUGUGUUAUUCGAGCGUGGGUUCACGAUCAAGAAACAAAGAGCUGUAUGGCUUGCAAACAACGAUUUACAACUGUGCGACGAAGACACCAUUGUCGUAAAUGUGGUGGUAUUUUUUGCGGUACUUGUUCCCAAAGGAAAUGUCCUCUUCUGGAGAUUGGGUACAGUGAGCCUGUUCGUGUUUGUGACAGAUGUUAUUUCAUUCUUACAGAAAGUACUCUUUGAAUAUUUUUUCAAAAAAUUUAGCUUGUAAACGUGUUAUAUGUAUAUAUUUUUCUAUGAAUUAAUGAAUAAGUAACUCAAAAAUUUGAUCUUAAAAUUAACUAGAAUAUCUUUAUAUUAUUAAAUAUUUUUAAAUUAUUAUUUCUGUAUUUAUAUUUGCAAAGUGUUUU